AUGCCAACUUAUCAAAAUUUAAAGAGACUGAGAUGUAUCCCUUCACGGUCGAAACCCUCCAGUCAUAUCGAGAUCAAUAUCGAUGGCCAUCACGAUUCCAAGAUCUACACUACGGGUUCCACGGUUCAGGGUAGCGUUAGACUUAUAUCUCAAAAACAAACCGCGUUUCAAUCCAUCCAAAUCAGUCUAAGAGGCACAACUUCAACCCGCCAAUCGUCUCAGUAUGGGCAGCCCUUCACAACUCAUACCUUUCUCAACAUCCAGAUGCCCAUCUCUGAGGAUGUCCUGCCCGCUGGCCACGUCCUCCAAGAUGGAGAGUUUUCCGUCGUCCCAUUUCUGUUCAAGAUCCCCGAGGAUCUUGCUUUGAAUGCCUGCAAUCAUCGAAACCCGGUAGUGAGGGAACGUCACUUACUUCCACCUCCGAGCCUAGGAUCAUGGGUAAAAAAUGAUUUCACGGAUGGCUCGACAUACGUCGAUUAUGUCAUCCGGGCGAGACUUGUUCUUGAAAAGAAUAGCCGCGGCGAAGAAAAGUUUGUCGAUCAGAACAUUUCUCUCAAAGUCCUUCCCAUCUUUCCUGAACAACCGCCAAUUCACAUUAAUUCACUCAAUUCUCAAUACUGCUUGUCUCAGACAAAAACGAUAAGACGGAACUUGGUUGGCGCUAAAGAAGGAACCCUCAAGAUUUCGACUACUCAACCCAGGCCAAUCAGCCUACAUUUGGAUCACCUUCAGACAUCGGACUCUCAAUUAGUGAUCGACUUGGAAUACGUACCAUCGUCACCAAGAGGUACACCACCAGAUAUGCGUGUCAAAGGUGCCGUUAUUGAGACCAUUACCAGCUUCUGGACGGGACCCAUUGGUUUUCUACCUGAUCAUGAUGAGGUGCUGCCAAGUGUCAUUUCUCCGGUAGCUCCAUGGACAAAUUCAUAUCCUCUACUUCUACGAGGGGUUGAAGAAGUAACUUGGAAAAAGGUUGGAAAUUUCAACCCUUCGGCAGAGUCGGAGAGAAGAGCCUCAGAGCCAAUUCAGGUCGUUUCAGCCCGUGUUGAACCAGCCUACAAAGCGCCGAGCUCUAUCGACAUCGAUUACAAUCAGCCGGAGCCACUUACAUACAAGGCUACUAUGACACAGCCCUUCAAUCUCCCGACGGAGAAAUUACUAUUUAUUCCCACUUUUCACUCGUGCAUGGUUAGCAGAAGCUACCGGAUUCGAAUCAUCUUAGCUACGAAGGCCCACGGCAGUACAGUGUCUCUUAUUGUACCACUACAAAUAACAAGCGAAGGGCUUGUCACUACCUGCAGUCCUAGAUUACCUGUUUAUUACGAUGACAGCGAAUCUGAGCAAACAUGCGACUCACCACCCCCGUAUAGUAGACAAUGA